AUGGCGCUCUCUUCCCACGCCACCACCGCCGCGGCGGCCGUCGGCACCUUUCACCAAUCCACCCGCUCCUCCUCCCGGCGACUCCCCGCGUCGUCUGUCUCCCCCCGGCCCCCGCCGCCCCCGCGCUCCCUGCGCCUAGACCAUGCCGCGGCGCCGUCCCUCUCCCCCGCCGCCACCGUGCCCGCGCCCGACGGCCUCCUCGCCGCCGCCAUCGAGCACCUGGAGCGCGAGCCGGCCUCCGUCGCAGCCGACGAGGCCCCGCUCGCGGCGCUGUCCCCGCGGGAGCUGCAGCUGGUGCUCGUCUACUUCGCGCAGGAGGGGCGCGACGCCUACUGCGCGCUCGAGGUCUUCGACUGGCUCCGCCGCGCCAACCGCGUCGACGGGGAGACCAUGGAGCUCAUGGCGGCCAUCGCCUGCGGCUGGAUCGAGCGCCUCGUGGGGUCCGGUGGGGACGUCGCCGACGUCGCCGCACUGCUCGGGGAGAUGGACUGCGUCGGGCUGCGGCCCGGGUUCAGCCUCGUGGAGAAGGCCGUCGCGCUCUACUGGGACCGCGGGGAGAGGGAGCUCGCUGUCGAGUUCGUCAGGGACGUGCUCAGGAGAGGGGGACUCGGAGCCGGCGCAGGAGGGGAGCACAACUCUGCCAACGGCGACGGCGAGCGGGGAGGGCCCGUUGGCUACCUCGCCUGGAAGAUGAUGGUAAACAGGCCCUGUCUCACAAUUCCUGCACUUCUUACCCGUUUUAUUUAA